GAAGUUCAAACGAGUGAGGAGAUUGCUGUUGCACAAGCUGAAUAUCAGCGCAAACAAGCUUUCAUCGAAUUAAAAAAUGGGUUUGAAAAUUCGCGAAAGAGAAGUGGAGAAGGAUGUGAAUGUAAUUAUAAUCGCGGAUAUGGUGCACCACCACCUCGUUAUACUCCCACAAUACCACCUCACAAUGCGCUACAACCACUAUCACAGGAUGCUUCCACCACAACACCACCACCUGUUAAUACUUCUACAGCGCUACCACCUCGUUAUACUCUCACGACACCACCUGGUAAUGCUUCUAUAGCACCACCACCUCGUUAUACUUUCACAACACCACCUCGUAAUGCGCCACCACCACUAUCACAGAAUAUUUUUAAACGUUUUCUUGAUAUUUACGAGACAAGUUUCGAAAUGGAUUGGGCGCCUUGGAAGUUCAACAUCACAAUAAAUAAUGUGAACAUAGAUAGAAUGCAAGCUUUGGGGCAAUCAGUGAUAUCGCAUUUUGAAGCAAAGAUGCAAGAAUAUAAACCUAAGAAAGCUUUAUCCGCAGAAGUUAUAAGAAUCUUGAAAACAUUUAAUGUUACAUCUUUGGAAGACCUUGGAAAGGCACUUGACGAUGUCAAAAUUGAUUAUAAUAAUUUGGAUCGUGAUAUUAUCUACUUGCGUCGUCUUUUCGAAAAAUU